AUGUCUUCUGAUGAAACAAACAAACAAAAUUGUAAAAUUAUGUGCUUAUGAUUUAAGUAUGUUCAAGAUUUAAGUGCUACUGUAGUACCGCGUUUUAUAUGUACAAAUAUAAUGAAUAAAGUGCCUUAUGAGAGAAUUAUAGUUGGCGGGGGGGGGCAGCUGGUCCCAUUAGUUUUAUUUAUUUAUAUUUAUUUACUUGUUAUUAAGUGACAUGGAUAAUAUCCCAAAAAGAUAAUCCGAGUCCAUUUCUGCUUAGACCGCUCCCGCGAUUGGUAUGAAGGUAUAUAACUAUUUCCUGCUGUGUGUAAAUAAAAAUGAAAGUAUUUUAAAGCUGGAGUCUCCAUUUUGUCAAGAAACACGGAUAAGAUUCUGGAAUAAUAUAAAGACAUUUUGUAUUGCAAGCAUCAGUCAUCUGGUCUGGAUCGGCACAGAAAUGGAGGGAGCUGCUACUGAAAUGACCCCCCCUGUGGAGUGUAAAACAAAGACAACUGGGAGUGUCCUGAUGGAGAGAGCAGGCUCACCUGUACACAGCUGUGUUUCCAUGAAGAGUGACUGGUCAAUGGCGGAACCAAUCAGCUUCAGAAAGGGACCUUUUCCUACAGAUCAAAGUGUCCUGAUGGAGAGAGCAGACUUACCUGUACCCAGCUGUGUUUCCAUGAAGAGUGACUGGUCAAUGGAGGCACCAAUCUUCUUCAGAGAGGGACCUUUUCCAUCAGAUCAAAGGGGCCGACUGAAAAGGUCUAAUUCACACCCACAUAAAGGAGACUUAUCGUCCAUCUUCAAGUUAUUGGAGAAAAAAGCUCAAAUAUAUCUGAAGGAUGAGCUGAUGAAAUUCCAAAGGUACCUGGAUCAGAAUGACCCAGAAUGCUCUGAGCCUCAGCUGGAGGAGGACAAUGACCUGGACAGUGAUGGUCAGAUACAGAAGACAUGUGGUAGAGAGGGAGCUCUGAAGAUCACACUGUACAUCCUGAGGACCAUGGAGCAAAAUGAUCUCGCGGACAUGCUGGAGAAGAGGCAUCUUCUGUUGCAAUGUCAGCGUAGAAUCAAAUGUAACCUGAAGCAAAAAUUUGAGUGUGUAUUUCAAGGGAAAGCUAAGGAAGGACAGCCAACACUUCUCAAAGAGAUUUACACAGAACUCUACAUAACUGAAGGGGGAGCUGGAGGAGUCAAUGAUGAACAUGAAGUGAGACAGAUUGAAGCAGCAUCCAAGAAAUGGGUAAAAGGAGAUACUACAGUCAAGUGCAAUGAUAUAUUUAAACCCUUUUGUGGGUGUGAGACACCUAUCAGAACUGUACUCACUAAAGGGGUGGCAGGUAUCGGGAAAACAGUCUCUGUGCAGAAAGUUAUUCUUGACUGGGCAGAAGGAAAAGCAAACCAGGACAUUCACUUCAUAUUUGCUCUUCCUUUCCGGGACCUGAAUUUGAUAAAGGAUGAAUACAGUCUGAUUAAUCUGCUUCACCACUUUCUCCCAGAACUGAAAUCAUUUAAAUUUACUGAGCUGUUUAGGUACAAAGUUUUGUUGAUCUUUGAUGGUCUGGAUGAGUGUCGCCUUCCUCUAGAUUUUCAGAACAAUGAGAGUUGGUUUGAUGUAACAAAAAAAACGUCACUGGAUGUGCUGUUGACUAACCUCAUUAAGGGGAAUCUGCUUCCAUCAGCUCUCCUCUGGAUAACCUCCCGGCCUGCAGCAGCCAAUCAGAUACCUCCUGAGUGUGUCCACCAGGUGACCGAGAUAAGAGGCUUCAAUGAUGCCCAGAAGGAGGAAUAUUUCAGGAAGAGAUUUAGUGAUCAGAGCCUGGCCAGCAGGAUUAUCACACAUGUGAAAUCAUCAAGGAGCCUCUUCAUCAUGUGCCACAUACCUGUGUUCUGCUGGAUUUCAGCCACUGUUCUUGAGAGUCUUUUUAGUGAGUCUGACAGUGGAGAAAUUCCAAGGACUCUGACUGAAAUGUACACACACUUCCUGAUCUUUCAGACAAGUUUAAAAAAUGACAAGUAUAUGGAAAAACAUAAAAUCAAGUUUAAUAAAUGGACUAAAUCUGGGAAUAAAUUCCUUUUAAAACUUGGUAAACUGGCUUUUCAUAACCUUGAGAAAGGGAAUCUUAUAUUUUACGAGAAAGAUCUAGAACAGAGUAAGCUUGAUGUGAGAGAAACUUCAGUUUACUCUGGAGUGUGCACAGAAGUCUUUAAAGAGGAGUACGGGUUGUACCAGGAGAAGGUGUACUGCUUUGUGCAUCUGAGCAUCCAGGAGUAUCUCGCUGCUUUAUACAAGUUUCUGUCAAACUCAUCAGCUAAUCAGCUGAAGACUGCAGUGGAUCAGGCAUUAGUGAGCAAGAAUGGGCACUUAGACCUCUACCUCCGCUUCCUCCUGGGCCUCUCGACAGACUCCAGUAAGAGUCUGUUAAAAAGGCUACUGGGCCAGACAGGAACCAGUUCACAUAAGAUUAAGGAAACAACCCAGUACAUCAAGGAGAAAAUUCAGGAGAAUUUAUCUGCAGAAAGGAUCAUCAACCUGUUCUACUGUCUGAACGAACUGGGUGACAAUUCUCUAGUAGAGGAGGUACAAAGAUACCUGAGUUCAGGAAGCCUUUCAGCAGCAGACCUCUCACCUGCACAGUGGUCAGCUCUGGCCUUUGUGUUACUGAUGUCAGAUCAGGAGCUGGAUGUGUUUGAUCUGAAGAAAUACAUCAGAUCAGAUGAAGGUCUUCAGAGGCUGCUGCCUGUGAUCAAGAAAUCUAGGACAGCUCUCCUGAACAGAUGUAGACUCACAGAGACAUGCUGUCAAGUGUUGGCUUCAGCUCUCAGAUCAAACUCCUCUCAGCUGAGUGAGCUGAACCUGAGUGACAAUAACCUGCAGGAUUCAGGGGUGAAGCUGCUCUAUGCUGGACUGGGGGAUUCGCACUGUAAACUGGAGAUACUGAGGCUGAACAGCUGUAGACUCACAGAGAAAUGCUGUGAAGUGUUGGCUUCAGCUCUCAGAUCAAACUCCUCUCAGCUGAGUGAGCUGGACCUGAGUAACAAUGACCUGCAGGAUUCAGGAGUGAAGCUGCUCUCUGCUGGACUGGGAGAUUCACACUGCAAACUGGGGAUACUGAGGCUGUCAGGCUGUAGAGUCACAGAAGACGGCUGUUCUUCCCUGGCUUCAGCUCUGAGGUCAAACCCCUCACACCUGAGAGAGCUGGACCUGAGCUACAAUCACCCAGGAGACUCAGGAGUGAAGCUGCUCUCUGCUCUACUGGAGGAUCCCAAAUGUAAACUAGAGAAACUGAAUGUGGACCACAGUGGAGAGUGCAGGACCAGACCAGGCUUACAGAAAUACGCCUGUCAACUGACGCUGGACCCCAACACAGCAAACAGAAGCCUGUCUCUGUCAGAGGGGAACAGGAAGGUGACAUGGGGGGCAAAGCAGCCCUAUCCUGAUCAUCCAGAGAGAUUUGACCGCUGGUACCAAGUUCUGUGCAGAGAGAGUCUGACUGGUCGCUGUUACUGGGAGGCUGAGUGGAGUGGACAUGGAGCCUGGAUAGCAGUGACUUAUAAAGGAAUUGGGAGGAAAGGAAGGAGUGAUGAUUGUCGGCUUGGAACCAAUAACAAGUCAUGGAGUCUGUUCUGUAUUCCUAUCAGUUACUCUGUCUGUCACAAUAAUAAACAGACUGUCAUACCCAUAAAGCCCUCAGGCUCCCGCAGAGUAGGAGUGUAUCUGGACUGGGGGGCUGGUGCUCUGUCCUUCUACAGAGUCUCCUCUGAUGGACUGACCCCCCUGUACAGAUUCACCUCCUCAUUCACUGAACCCCUCUAUCCAGGGUUUUGGGUGAAUUCAAACUCCUCAGUGUCGCUGUGCAUGCUGGGAUAGCUCACUGUGCUGGAGGAAUCAUUUUUACCUUAUCAGAGUCACAUGUCGCUGCUUCUCCAUGGCAAAAAGGUAAAAUCUCUGCUUUUUGAGCAGUAUAACCCUAUUUACUCUGUCUGAUGUGUGACAUAUGUUAGACAAAAAUAAAUGGGUUUGGCAAGCUGAACAAACACAGGAAAUGACAGUUUUUCUCUCUGAUUAAAAUGUAAUCCUGAUGAUUGGGGGGGGGGGGGGUUUCUCCCCCUAUAUGUACAUUUUAUAUGUUUCUGUCUAUAUAUAUUAUAUAUUGUAUUUGUUAUCAGUACACCGAUAAUAAAGGCUUCAUGUUGUAUCCUA